GUGCUUUCUCUGCUAUAUAUGAUAUACUUCCUUAGCUUUUCUAUAAACACAAGGAAGAAGGAGCUGAGAUUUCUUACUUUGAUUUACCUUCUUCAUUCAACAUGUUUUUUGGACCUUCCUCGCUCAUUUCCAUCUGGGUUUUCUAAAAAAUCACUGAUUUUCUGAAGGAACCAAUUCCUGUGGAUGCUCACAUCUGCGUUGUUGGAUUUGUGUCCUGUUUCAUUGCUCUUCUGGGUCUAUUUCUUAUCGUACUCUCAUAUCAUGAACUCUAUGACUCCAAAAAUAUCCCGCUUUGCUUUUUUGGAUAAAAAAUGAAAGGCCUAUGUUAUUGAAUCGCUUGAAUGUUCGCUUAAAUUCAAGCCAAGCUUCUUUAGUACUCCGGGCUCCCCCUGUUUUCUUCAGCAUCAAGCUUGCUGUGAUCCAUUUUCUUUUUUGGUCUGGAAGAUUUUGAAUAUCCAUGACGAAGAGCUUCAUUACCAGCAACAAUGCCGUUUUACCUGUCUUCUUUUUCUGUUUGGUUGCUUGGUGCUUGGGAGGAGCAGACGUUGAUGUAGCUCCAAUGGAGAAAACAGAGAAGGAAGCUCUAUACUCUGCUGUACAGGGGUUUGUGGGUAAUUGGUGGAAUGGCUCAGGUCUAUACCCAGAUCCCUGUGGGUGGACUCCUAUACAGGGGGUCUCUUGUGAUCUGUUUGAGGGGCUUUGGUAUGUGACUUCCAUGAAUAUUGGACCCGUUCAUGACAACUCUCUUGGUUGUGCCAAAAAUCCGGAAUUUAGACCACAACUGUUUGAUCUUAAGCACCUUAAAAUUCUCUCAUUCUUGAAUUGCUUCGUCUCACCCCGCAGACAUCCCAUUGCCAUUCCCUCCAAUGACUGGGAGAAACUUGCUGCCAGCUUGGAAUCAUUAGAGUUCCGAUCAAAUCCUGGUCUCAUUGGACAAAUUCCUGCCAGCUUUGGUGCCCGCCUCGUGAAGCUCCAAUCUUUAGUGCUAUUAGAAAAUGGAUUAACUGGGGAAUUACCAGUAAACAUUGGCAACUUGAUCAAAUUGAAGCGUCUGGUUCUUUCUGGGAACUCGUUGUCUGGUCGUAUUCCUGGUAGUUUUGGCGUGUUGACUCAGCUACUGAUAUUUGAUUUAAGUAGGAAUAAACUAUCUGGGUCUUUGCCAUUGACUAUUGAAGGGUUGACCUCACUUUUGAAGCUUGACCUGAGCAACAAUCAACUGGAAGGGAUGCUGCCAAGUGGGAUUUGUAGGUUGAAGAAACUGACCCUUUUGGACCUUAGAAAUAACAAAUUUUCUGGUGGGUUGACCAAGUCACUUCAGUGGAUGCGUUCCUUAGAAGAGUUGAUCUUGUCCAACAACCCCAUAGGUGGAGACCUCAUGACCUUGGAGUGGUCUAACCUACACAACUUGGUCAUUUUGGAUCUCUCUAACGUUGGCUUGGCAGGGGAGAUUCCUGAGUCCAUUUCAAAAUUAAAGAGAUUGAGAUUUCUGGGUCUUGGUGACAACAACCUCACAGCCAAGAUAUCUCCAAAGCUAGCUACUCUGCCUUGCAUUAGUGCACUCUACCUAAAUGGGAACAAUCUGACAGGAGAGCUUAAAUUCUCUGCAGAGUUUUAUGGGAAAAUGGGUAGGCGGUUUGGAGCCUGGAACAACCCAAAUCUUUGUUACCCAGUUUGGUUAAUGUCAGCUAGCCAUGUUCCAUAUGGAGUAAAACCAUGCCAGCAAGAAGAGCUCAAUGUUCUUGAACCCAACACAAGAACCAAGUUGGCUGAUGCAAAUUCGAAUCAGAAUUCCCAUUAUGUGGCCUCCUUGGGAUUUCAAAGCUAUGGCAUUGAUGGGUUUUGGUGGGUUUUUCUUGUAGAAAUAUUGAUAGCUCUAUUCUUCUUGGAUUUGUUUCCUGUAGGUGUGUCUUAAUUGGAAAAGUCUCGGGUCUUCAAGUAAUCAAGUUUACCUUUUAAAUGUAACGGGAAUUUGAUCUAGUGUAAAUUUCUACGUAAUUA